UUACACAGCAGUUGUAACAAUUGUGCGUUUACAGCUCCAGUUAGCUGAAACCAGCCCCGAAUUGGCGAAAUCGUCAGGGGAACCCAAACCCAAAUGGACUGGGCUUCGAUGGAAAAAACAGACAGACGCAGACAGCCAAUCCUCCGUGUAAACUGAAACUGGGCGAGAAUGCGAGCACAUCCGGAACGCAAUUGAAAAGACUGACAUCAGAGUUUUGGCUAGCAAGUUCCAGGAUUGAAAGCCCCGCAAGCAAACGGAGAAGCACAAUUGAAAUUCGAGGGGAAAAGAGGUUGCCAGGAUGGAGAUACCCAUUUCGAAUAUACUGCUGCUCUGCCUGAUCUUCCUGCUGAUUGGUGGAGUGGUGAUGAUUCUGCUGCAGUACCUCAUCUUCAUCAAGUUCUCCAAUCUCCCCGACGAGAGUGAGGAGCAGAAGCAGAUGAACGCCAAGUACACCCUGCCACUGAACAUCAAGCAGACGGCCAGGAACUUGAAGAGGCUCUCGAACUCGGGUUUGGGUGCCGGAAAUGGGUGCGAAAACCAUCAGGAGAGUCUGCGGAGGGCCUCGGCCUUGGUCUCCCUCAAUUUCGUCAUGCAGUUCCUCUUCCACGAGUUCAAGAACUCGAAUCGAGUGCGAAAGUGGUUCUAUCGCAAGCUGUCCAUCGAACUGGACGAACUGAUUACCAAGACCACCACGGGGAAAUUACUGGAUAAGCUUACGAUUAAGGAGCUCGAGCUGGGCGACCAGUUCCCAGACAUCAAGUCCCUUUCGGUGCACAACGUGGAGUUGGACAAGGACGAGCAGCGCAUCGAGAACCUCGAUCUCCUGUUGGACAUCAACUACGUGGGCAACUUCACUACGUCCAUCGACGCAGAUAUGGUGCUCGGCAAGAAAGGAUCAAUUACUCUUAAGGUUAAGCAGCUGUCUGGGAUGGCGCGUCUGCAGUUCACGAGGAAGCCGUACACGCACUGGUCGCUGAGCUUCCUGGGCGAUCCGGAGCUGAUAUUGGACAUCGAAUCGAAGUACCAGGGCCGCCAGAUGCAGUCGAACAUAACGAACCUGAUCUCGAACCAGAUCCGCAAGGCGGUGCGUCGGAAACACACUCUGCCGAACUAUAAGCUGCGAUACAAGCCAUUCUUCCACUGGACAGCCGAACCGGAUGACUCCGGCGAUUGCGAUAUCCAACCGAAUGGAGUGCUGACCGUGAAGCUGGCGGAACUCUCCCGACUGAUGGGCUAUCCCGGAGCCAGUGAGACGUACUGCACCAUCACCCUGGCACCAGUUCCCUUCAUCGAGGCCAAUCAAAGGGAUAGCCGGAAUGUCUUGAUCUCGAUGGAUGUGUUCAUCCACAAGGCGAAGAAUCAGCAGAUUGGCAUCGUUUUCAAGCAGAGUGGCAGUCAGGUGGUGAGGAUUGAGUCCGUUUUACCGAAUACUCCGGCCUGCAAGUCCAAUCUGCUGGCGGGUGAUGUCCUGGUUGCGAUCGAAGGUAAGCCGGUGACCACCAUUCAGCAAAUUGCGAAGGUGGUUAAAACGCUGCAAGCCACGGUUUUCAGUCUCCGAAUCGAGCGAAUUAUUCCGGGAAUCAUUCGGAAUGAUGCGAUACUGGAGGACAUGGAUAAGUACGAUGAACUGGGGGAUCUUCCCAAUACCUUUCAGCCCAAAACGGAGAUCGAUGAGCCAGCCGAAACACCCAAGCACUUGGUUGUAAAGCCUGGUCUCAGUGGAACCCCCACAAACUCUCCCAAGAAAUCCAAUCUGAUAGCCAAGGCCAUUAAGAAAACCAUGAGUCGUGAGAGUGGCGAUAAGGAUAGAGAUAAAGAUAGGGAUCGUGAUAAGGAAAGGGAGAAGGAAAAGGAGCGUGAUAAGGAGAAGGAAAGGGACAAGGAGAAGGAUAAAGGAGGGGAUAAAGCAAAGCAGGAGGAGAGCGAGGAGCCAGCGAACUACUUCUACCAGCACUCGACCAUCGACUGUCCAUUCAGUCCGCUCAUCCACAUGGACGACGUCUGCAACUUCCAGUUGGACAGCUCCAGUCGGUUCCUCAAUGUGUGCGUCUUUGGCAAGUCGGCCGGCGAGAGUGUCCUUCUGGGCUACCACAAUGUCCAGGUUGGCCAGAUCCUGGUCGAGUGCUCGGAGACCAGUUUGAAUCAGUGCCUCAAGCAGAUCAGCCUCAACCCGGCAUCCCUUCAAGCCGUGAAGAUGCAUCCGCUGUCCAAUCAGUCCGGAUUCAAUCCGAAUCUCUGCUUCGGGGACAUCCUAUUCGGCUUCUCCUGGCUGGGCAAUCCCAAUUUGACCGUCGGCGAUGUUCCCCUCAAGAGUGGCUCCAAAUCUCAGUCGCAGACUAGAUCCCCAUCGGCUGGCGAGCGAGUUGCCGCGGAGGAGAGCUCCCAGGACUCGGCGUUCCCAAAGUCGAGCUCCAUGGCAGACAGCAGCACAUCCGGGGAGUCCUCGAGUGCCACAGCAGCUGCUUCGAAGGCUCACAACUUCGUGAGGACGCACUUCCAUCGGGCGACGCAGUGCGACUUCUGCGGCAAGAAGAUCUGGCUGAAGGACGCGAUGCAGUGCCAGGAGUGCUCGAUGUCCUGCCACAAGAAGUGCAUCGUCAAGUGCCAAAUGGCCACGGUCUGCGGUCCGGUGGACUGUUCCUCCUCCCUUCCUCCGGGUUCCGCCUCCACCCCGGCGAUGGCCAGUCGCCCGGAGUUCACCAUCACCCAGGCGGACACUCCGGAGAUCCUCGAGGGCAGCUCGACUUCUGGCUCGGGAUCGAUCCUUCUGGAUGAUUCGGGUUCGCUUGGCGGGGAUCAGGCCCAGAUGCCGAUGCCCUCGCCAACUGGUUUGGAUGUCCACAGGUCGAGUAUCACGGGAAUGCUCGCCCAGGGAAUCAAGAGGCAGGCGAGCAACCUGGACAUUCCCGGCAUCGUAUCCUCGCUCACCGGAAGCGGAAGCGGAAGUGGCCAGCAGAUCAACUCCAGGAGCCUGCCGCCGAGUCCCCAGCACACGCCAUCGCGAAAAUCGUCAAUUGUGGAGGAGGUGGCACCUGCUCUGCCCCAGAAUCCCUUCGAGUGCGUCACCCAAAACCUGGAGGCUCUGCCAGUGGACUGCCCGGUGCUCAGUUACGAGCAGGUUAUAGUCAUAACCGAGCCCAUUAUUCGGCAUACUCGCAACGAGGAUCUGAUGAAUCUGGCCAAGAGCACCAGCAAACAUUUGUACGUUAACUUGCCGCCCGACGAGCGGGUGGCCAAAAUCAAUGAGUUGCUAACAAAGCUGAAAGUAGCACUGGAUGCGGAGACCGAGGGCUAUACUUUAAUGAACGAUGCCGAGAAGGCCACGGAAUCGUCGUGGAAAUCUGAUCGAUCGGAUGAGAGAGUCCAGGCCCUUAGCAUUAUAAUGCUGUACUUGUGCACGGGUCUUCAGCAUGCACAGGGUGUCGUCCUGCAGUAGAUCCUUUCCAGAAAGGAUCCUAGACUAAGAUAUGUCAAUGGUUAAAUACUUGUGUAUUCGGUGAACUCUCGUACAUAAUCUUAAGUAGUAGACUGGAAAAAUGUGUUAGUGAACUUAUGGGCAUUUUUUAAUUCCGUGUUGUGGCAUACUUACCUAGAAGUAUUUCAAUUUUAGCCAUUUGUUUCAAUCAAAAUACGCUUAUUUGUCAGACAACAGAUUUGUACAUACUUAAUACAAAAACUCAAUACAAAAAUCAAUGGUAUCAAAAAAGAGUUCAAACUUGUUUUGGCAAAAUAAAAAUUUUUAACCAAAUGUUCUUAAAAGUUCUUUCACAUUUUUGAUGAUAUUUAGUUAUUAUUUUAUAGUUACCUCUAUGUGUAUAAUAUAUAUAUAUAUAUGUUUAUAGAAUUCUUAAAUGAACGUGUGUGCAAUUAAAUGAAAUAUUUUUGACGUUGAUUUUAAUAUUUUUUGUUUAGAUUUAGAGACGCCUUAGAAACUGAUCAUAUCUAAAUAUUAUUCUCUUUAAUUUCUGAUUAAACAUUUCUUAUUUUGGAGUUAAAUUUAAGAGGAGUCCAAGCGCAUUAUUGAAGAUAAAAAAUGUUCUUCUGGUUCAAAAUGGUAAUACAAUGGGUUUCCUUUACGAUGAAAUAAACUUAUUACUUAGUAUUAUAAA